AUGCGAUCCUAUCUUCUGAUUCUUAUUUCAAUAUCUGUUGCUCUCACAGCUCCAUCUCCCCAAUAUCAAUAUUCAAAUGGGUAUUAUUGGCCUCAACCACAGCAACAACAGCCCCAGAAACCUCAAGUCAUCCAGCUCAAACCAGCACCUCAAUCAUUGGAAGCUUCUCUGGUUAGUGGUGCACCAAAGAUUCUAGACACCAUUUUCAAUGGUGUCAAAAUAACUUUGGAACAAGCUGCCAAACUUUCGGCAUUGGCUACAACAACAGCAAAACCGUCGGAAAAGUUUCAGCAUGAUUUUGGGGAGAAUGAAGAGGAAAGUGUUUUGACGAGGAAGGUUUACAAAUCAGUGUAUUGA